AGAAUUUUGUCACACUUUGCAAUUGUAUAGUGUGACAGAGGAAAAAACACAGUGAGGUGGGUGAAUGGCCGAGAGAGCAAUGAGAGAGUUGUUGAGGGUGGUGAUGGUGUUGAUGUUACUGAUGUUGGCAGCAGAGACAGAGGCAAUGAGCAGCAGAAGAGGCAACAAAAGGGGUAAAGAAGAGUCAUCUAGGUCUGGUGAAGGGGAUUCAAUGAGCUUUUGUCUGAGUUGGAGAUUGGCAGUGGAAGCAAACAAUGUGGUUGCAUGGCCAACAGUGCCACCACAGUGUUCCCAAUAUGUGGAGACUUACAUGAUGAAUGGACAAUACGAAAGGGACCUGGAUUUGAUAGUGGAGGAAAUAUUGGGAUAUGUCAACCAAACAUUGCUCCCUCCAGAUGCCAUAGAUGCUUGGAUUUUGGAUGUUGAUGACACUUGCCUCUCCAACAUCUUCUAUUACAAAAGCAAAAACUAUGGGUGUGAUCCGUAUGACCCAUCUGCCUUUAGGAAGUGGGCCAUGACAGGAAGGUCCCCUGCAAUUUCUUCUGUGCUGAGAUUGUUUAGCAUUUUAGUAGACAGAGGGUUCAAAGUGUUUUUACUCACUGGAAGAGAUGAAGAGAGUCUUGGUGAAGUUACCAAGAACAACUUGCAGAAUCAGGGAUUUGUUGGCUAUGAACGGCUUAUUUUGAGGAGUGCAGCAUACAGAGGGAAAAGUGCAGUGAAAUACAAAUCUGAUGUAAGAAAGCAGUUGGAAGAGGAAGGUUACAGGAUAUGGGGGAAUGUGGGAGAUCAGUGGAGUGAUAUUAAGGGAGACUAUUUGGGGAACCGUACUUUCAAGCUACCAAAUCCAAUGUACUUUGUUCCAUAAUCUUACCAUAAUUAAUUUUUGCAUGUUUGAAGAUGCCUAAUGUUAAGACCACCCUCUUUGUUCAUCUUUGUGAUUACAUCAAGUCUUAUGUAUAAGUUAGUAAUUAGUAUCUAUGGAACCAAGUGUUCAUUAUGAUUUUU